ACUGCGGACACAGUACAGGAGAUGACAAGAGACUGCGGACAUACUACAGGAGAUGACCAGAGACUGCGGACACAGUGCAGGAGAUGACCAGAGACUGCGGACACAGUGCAGGAGAUGACCAGAGACUGCGGACACAGUGCAGGGGAUGACCAGAGACUGCAGACAACAGUGCAGGGGAUGACCAGAGACUGCAGACAGUGCAGGGGAUGUCCAGAGACUGCAGACAGUGCAGGGGAUGACCAGAGACUGCAGACAGUGCAGGGGAUGACCAGAGACUGCAGACAACAGUGCAGGGGAUGACCAGAGACUGCAGACAGUGCAGGGGAUGACCAGAGACUGCAGACA